AUGCCCCUCGACACGACACACACCACCCCGCCAUCGCCCACCAGCGCGGCGGCAUCGACGCACUACCUCGUCUUUUUCAGCUCCGGCUCGCCCCCCUGGUGCCCAGACUGCGUCGACGCCCAGCCCGCCAUCCAGUCCGUCUUUGUCGACGAAAAGGCGACCAACGGCGCACACGCCUACAUGAUCCUCGUCGGCGAAAAGCCAGAAUGGAAGACGCCCGAGAACCGGUACAGGAAAGAGUACGGCCUCAAGUGCAUUCCCACCAUCCUCAGAAUCGAAAACGGCAAGGAGACGGCCAGGCUCGAAGACGACGAGUGCAAGAGCAAAGACACGCUCGCCGCCUUUGUCGCUUGA